UUGAUUUGUAACCGUGUAACGCAGUGUUGCUCACAUUCACAACGCUGCAUCAAGCACGCUGUCGUGCAAUAUUUUUGUCAUAAUUUCAAGUUCCUAACUUAAAACGCGUUUAUUCAUCUUUAAUUCAAGUUUUGAAUUUUUGAAAACUAUUCGCAAUGCCAAAAAAGAAAACCGGGCAGAGGAAGAAAGCUGAAAAGCAGAAAUUGAGGCAAAAAGAGAUCCGUGCUUCCAAAGAAUCGAGAUCGGUCGCAGAGUUUGCCUGCAACCAGGCCAUGGAAUGCGACCACUGUGGAAGGAAGCAAAAGAACCGAGCAUUCUGCUAUUUUUGCCAGACUCUGCAACGUCUUCCAGUUUGCGGGCACUGUGGAAAGGUAAAGUGCAUGCUCAAAACUGGAGAUUGUGUCAUCAAACACGCUGGAACGUUUACUACUGGUCUCGGCAUGGUGGGUGCCAUCUGCGAUCACUGCGAGGCCUGGAUUUGUCACGGUCGCAAGUGUCUUCAAGUCCAUGGGUGUGAGUGCCCUUUGAUUGAUGCUGUGUGCAUUGAAUGCGAACGAGGAGUUUGGGCUCACGGAGGGCGAGUGUAUCGCUGUUCCUUCUGUGAAAACUUCCUCUGUGAAGAUGACCAGUUUGAGCAUCAAGCUUCUUGUCAAGUGUUGGAAGCGGAAAGUUACAAGUGCCAAUCAUGCAACCGUCUUGGACAAUUCUCGUGCCUUCGCUGCAAGGUCUGCUUUUGUGAUGACCACGUCAAGCGGAAGGGCUUUAAAUAUGAAAGGGGAAAAGCCGUGCCUUGUCCCAAGUGUAAUUAUGACACUCAGGAAACAAAGGACCUCAGCAUGAGCACCCGCUCGCACAAAUUCGGAAGACAAGGAGGUGCAAGGGACGAUGACGAUGAUUACAGUGGAGGCGCCUACUAUUCGGGCUACUCUGCACCCAAGUAUAAUGAUGAUGAUGAUGAUGAUGAAGAAGAUGACUCUGACUUCAACCCAAGUGACAGUGAGGAGGAAUCUGAAGAGUCCAGUGAGGAUUAAAAGGAUCCGUAUUAUGUUAAGUAAUCUGUUUCCAAUUCAAUAAUCAAAGAGUUUCAUUGAAAAA